AUGCCUCAAAGAGGCGCCCCUUAUGGGCCUGGAAAUAACCACGAAUCUCAGAAUAAUUAUAGGGUGGUAUCCAGUAUUCGUAGGCAAGUAUUGGAUAAGAAAAUCUGGAUUUCUCUUCACCAAUUACUGGAGAUAGUGAAACCCGAGGCUCAUCAAGAACUUAUAAACUCGAUAGCAAACCCAGAUAUUCCUAAAAAACGUAUUCAAUGUGAGGUCAAAAGAAAGUGCCAAGCUAGAAAAAAACUAAUUUUUAAUGAUACCGCAUCUGAGUCCUCAUCCACAUCUGAAUCUGGGUCUAGUUCUGAAUCAUCUAAUGAUGAUGAAGAUUUUACUGUAGACGUG